AAUCAAUCAAGUAACAAUGUUUGAAGGUACUCCCAUCUCUUUUCAAUCAAUCUCUCCACUGUUGUUUCUUGCUGGCCCGAUACAAUCCGAAAGAAGCAAGAUCAACAUGCAUCCGAAAAAGCGAAAAAUAAAAAGAAGAUUAUCACGAUUCUGACCAGCAUUUAAUUGUUUAGAUCAAACCACAGCUGUCACAUCCACUUCCGGAGCCGUCGUUUCCACCCCGACGCGUUUUCUCAUGGAGUGUGGCGAAUGGAAUCCUACGCCAACGUUUGGAUCCAUCGUGAAUGAAAUCAACCCUUUUGAAGUUCAGUUCCAAGGAUCCCGUCCUACCUCCAAAUCCGAUCCGGUGACUCCACCCAGCGCCAACGCCACCAAGAAACAUUUACUGGUAUCACCGCCACAACAUCCUACCGAACCACCAUUGACUCCACCCAGUCCAUUGAGUAUCAGUCCUUCCGAUACCAUGAUGGAUGGAUCUGUAUCCCAGUCACAACCUCCCGCAGAUCAAUCACAUCAGCCAUCCGUUUCUUCCACUUCCAUGUUUCGCCGAGGCAGUGUCAAACGGCAGUCUGAAUCCAAAGAAAGCUCGGCCGAGCCCGCCAAUCAUUCAGGUGGCCGCAAACGACGCAUCAUUUUCGAAGGUGAAGACGCUGAAGAUGAACGCAAAAAGUUCCUCGAACGCAACCGUGUGGCAGCUUCCAAGUGCCGACAGAAAAAGAAGAAAUGGAUGCAAGAGUUGGAACAACGGUCCGAACAAGUGGCCAACCGUAACAAGGAACUCCAUGACCUGGUAUCACAGCUUCGUGAAGAAACCAUGUAUUUACGCAAUCAACUAUUGGCCCACGGCAACUGCGAUUGCACCGUCGUGCAAUCCUACUUGCGAAAAACAUCCGCUCAAAUCACAAGUUCAGUAGCUUCGGCCGCCGCUGAAUCGACAACCACUGUACCUGUCCCUCCUACAACCAACCACAACUUCUCCAAUAUGGUCAAGGCCCCGGAACAGUCCACUGGCUGGACCCCCUUUAUCAAUCAAGCGGCCAUGAAAGCGGACUACUUUUCUCAAACCACUUUACCGGAAGCUGCUACCCAAUCGACCUGUUAAAAAAAAAAAACAAGUCUCCCCCGAAAGCAUCAUCAUCAUCCAUUCUAUUCUCCAGUGACAGCGAAUUUCUACAAGCUUCUUUUUCGCAUUCCGCCAUGAAUUACCGAUCGAUCACCAACAAAAAAAGGAUAAACCUACCGCCAAGAAGCCCGAAAAUUUUUUUAGUCCCAACAGAAAUGCGCAAAAAUACUGAUGAUAACGACCCAAGACGGCAAAAAUGCGGACCAGAAAACUUAACCCC